CUCUUGGAUAGCUGAUGGCCAUCAGAACCCACGGACCUCCUUCCCGAUCUGGCCUUCCACGUUACAUGCUCCGCCGCACCCUUAGUCCCUCAAACCUUCAGCUUGCAAUCCCACGAUCAUGUAAGCAUCAAGGUCCACAAAUGCCGAUAUGCAUAGAAUGCCGCUUCCCCGUUAACACCUUGUAUACCACGUACUCCAAGGCCGAUGAUCGUACCCUGGGAAAAGGCGUUCGUCUGACCCAGUGUCCGAGGUGCAAGAGAUUCGCCGACAAAUAUGUUGAGCAUGACUUCGUUGUGCUGUUUAUCGACCUGGUCUUGAUAAAGCCUCAGGUUUACAGACAUCUUCUUUUCAAUCGUCUGGGUCGCGAGGAUGACCGCUUUGACCCUUCAAUCAUACGUCUCGGCAUCCUCCUCCUCCUCUUCGACGUCUACCUUACCUGGGCGCGCAUUGAGAAGGCAGCGCCCUCCUCCACACCAGUCGCAACUCCGCUCAGCAGUUACCCCUUACUCCUCCAAUAUCUCUUCUUCCUUUUACUGUGCCUCCUCAGUACAAUAGCAUUUCACGUACCUAUCCGAGUCCUCUGCGCGUGGCCCGGAUCCAUGAUACCGGGCUCUAACGCGAGGCUGCUUCCCUACUAUCCACACAGUACGGCAAUUUCUACCGCUCUUAUCGUGUCUUCAUGCACGAAAUUGUUCCCAAUUCUGCUCAUUAUUUGGGAUUACGAUCUUCCUUCUGCAGCCAGUGCUGUGUCAUGGGCUGUCAUAGUAAACAAUGUGGCUGCAAUCGAGAUUCUCAUGGACUGUGGAUUCGGGAGGGCCUGUAUAUUGGCAAUGCUAGGCGCGGUUUGUAGGGCCGUCGUCGGUUGGUUCGUAUUAGGCAUGGUUGGCCUACAAGAGAGGAGCUGGGGCCUAGAUGGGGUAGGGGUGCUUGCUGAGAGUGCGGAGGUCGUCAGUAGAUGGCUUUCCAUGUUCAAGUAGAUACGGAUUGUACCAAGCACAGAAUUACGGCCUAAAUUUCUAUCUACGCCGGACACGAAUCGUCUUCGUGCUUCUGGCCGCUCGCAUGCCUCGCCGUAUUGCAAACGCCGUCUAUGUAGCCGCGCAGAUUACAGUACUUGUUCGCAACCUCAGAGUCCGGUCACAAUCUCCAUACUUCCGUCUUGCAUCUGGCAAGCUCGGCAGCUACCAUUGCAUUCUUUGCGACCUGACCAGGCGGGCUACAUGCGUUGGCCAAGCGACGAUGUUGGAAUCAUCAUUUCGUUUAGCCAUUCACACAUGGAUGCUUAGGACCACCUUAAAGCCACGUUGACGCGGCAUACGACUUUUGGUGGUGCAACAACAGAAGAAGAAAAAGAGAAAGAGGUGGGGCAUAACGCCUUCUUUUUAGAGCAUUAAGGGAGUACGCAGCGUCGAGAUUCCAAUGGAUGACUAUUCGGCCAAGGGGUCUACUCGGUUGCUUGCCACACUUUGGUACAAGAGGUCUGCCGUAAAUCGUGAGCCACAGCUGAACGGUGACUCGUUGAAGCGACUGAAGUUAUACAUAAGUCAGCUGUCAUAAC